CCUGCGGCAUGGCCUGGCGCUCCAGCCCCAUGGCGCUGCUCUUCUGCUUUGGCCUCCUGUGUCUGUGCUCGGGGGUAUGGAGUACAGACACAGAGGAGCGGCUGGUGGAGUACCUCCUGGAUCCCUCCCGCUACAACAAGCUUAUUCGCCCAGCCACCAAUGGCUCAGAGCUGGUGACGGUACAGCUCAUGGUAUCACUAGCCCAGCUCAUCAGUGUGCAUGAGCGGGAGCAGAUUAUGACCACUAAUGUCUGGCUGACCCAGGAGUGGGAGGAUUAUCGCCUCACCUGGAAGCCCGAGGAGUUUGACAAUAUGAAGAAAGUUCGGCUUCCUUCCAAACACAUCUGGCUCCCAGAUGUGGUCCUAUACAACAAUGCUGACGGCAUGUACGAGGUGUCCUUUUAUUCCAACGCGGUGGUCUCCUAUGAUGGCAGCAUCUUCUGGCUGCCACCUGCCAUCUACAAGAGUGCAUGCAAGAUUGAAGUGAAGCACUUCCCAUUUGACCAGCAGAACUGCACCAUGAAGUUCCGCUCCUGGACGUACGACCGAACGGAGAUCGACCUGGUGCUCAAGAGUGAUGUGGCCAGCCUGGAUGACUUCACACCCAGUGGUGAGUGGGACAUUGUGGCCCUGCCAGGCCGGCGCAAUGAGAACCCUGACGACUCCACUUACGUGGACAUCACCUACGACUUCAUCAUUCGCCGUAAGCCACUCUUCUACACCAUCAACCUCAUCAUUCCCUGUGUGCUUAUCACCUCCCUGGCCAUCCUGGUCUUCUACCUGCCGUCGGACUGUGGCGAGAAGAUGACCCUGUGCAUCUCCGUGCUGCUGGCACUCACGGUCUUCCUCCUGCUCAUCUCCAAGAUCGUGCCUCCCACCUCCCUUGAUGUGCCGCUUGUUGGCAAGUACCUCAUGUUCACCAUGGUGCUUGUCACCUUCUCCAUCGUCACCAGUGUGUGCGUGCUCAACGUGCACCACCGCUCGCCCACCACACACACCAUGGCUCCCUGGGUCAAGGUCGUCUUCCUGGAAAAGCUGCCCACGCUGCUUUUCAUGCAGCAGCCGCGCCACCACUGUGCCCGCCAGCGCCUGCGCCUGCGGCGACGCCAGCGCGAGCGUGAGAGUGCCGGCGCCCUCUUCUUCCGCGAAGCCCCGGGAGCUGACUCCUGCACCUGCCUCGUCAACCGCGCGUCCGUCCAGGGUUUGGCUGGAGCCUUUGGAGCUGAGCCUGGGCCCGGGGCCGGCCCGGGGCGUUCUGGGGGGCCAUGUGGCUGCGGCCUCCGCGAGGCCGUGGACGGUGUGCGCUUCAUCGCGGACCACAUGCGGAGCGAGGACGACGAUCAGAGCGUGAGAGAAGACUGGAAGUACGUUGCCAUGGUGAUCGACCGCCUGUUCCUCUGGAUCUUUGUCUUUGUCUGUGUCUUUGGCACUGUUGGCAUGUUCCUGCAGCCUCUCUUCCAGAACUACACCACCACCACCUUCCUCCACUCAGACCACUCGGCCAAGUGAGACCUCACCCAUCUCCAUCUCCCUUCUCCCUAGGGCCCCCUGUUGUUCAAUGGUACUGGGUGGAGGAUGGA